AUGACCGAAUUCGACAUCCCCAGCGAGCAAUGGGCGCAGGUGAUUGAGAAGUCGGGCGGCCCCGUCGUCUACAAAAAGAUCCCCGUCCCCCGCCCGGGCCCCGACGAAGUUCUCCUCCACAUCCACUUCUCGGGCGUCUGCCACACCGACCUGCACACCCUCCAAAACGACUGGCCCAUCCCGGCCCCGCUGCCCCUCGUCGGCGGACACGAAGGCGUCGGCACCAUCGUCGCCAAAGGCGACCUAGUCGGCACCAACGACACCGGCCUCCGCAUCGGCGCCCGCGCCGGCGUCAAAUGGCUCAACAGCAGCUGCCUCGCCUGCGCCUUCUGUCUCGCCGGCGACGAGCCGCUGUGCCCGCGCGCGCAGUUCUCGGGGUACACGGUGCCUGGCACGUUCCAGCAGUAUACCCUGGCCAAGGCGGCGCAUGUCACGCGGAUUCCGGAUGAUGAUGCCGAGGGUCGGAAGUUGGAUUUGGCGGCGCUUGCGCCGGUGUUGUGUGCGGGGGUUACGGUGUACAAGGCGCUGAAGGAAUCUGGGGCGCGGCCGGGUCAGUGGGUCGUGGUGGUGGGUGCGGGAGGUGGGUUGGGGUCGAUGGCGGUGCAGUAUGCGCGGGCGAUGGGGUUGCGGGUGGUGGGGAUUGAUGGGGGGAAGGAGAAGGGGGAUAGCUGUCGGAAGAUGGGGGUUGAGGAGUAUAUCGAUUUUACGGAUUAUGCUUCGGACUCGGAGGAGGGCAGUAAGGAGCUCCAAUCUCCGCUCUCCGGCCCGCACGCUGUUCUCCUGCUGGCCGUCUCGCCGACUCCGUUUCGACAGGCUAUCCAGUACGUGCGCUCGCGCGGCACCAUUGUGUGUGUUGGGCUCCCGCCUAACGCGGAGCUGCGUGCGCCCGUGUUUGAGACUGUCGUGCGCAUGAUCACGAUCCGCGGCAGUUAUGUGGGGAAUCGCCAGGACGCGCAGGAGGCCCUCGGUUUCUUUUUGAGGGGUGACAUUAAGGUGCCUGUCAAGACGGUCGGGCUCAGUGAGCUGGGCGAUGUGUAUCGGGCCCUGGGCGAGGGCAAGGUUGUGGGGCGAUGUGUGGUGGAUACUAGCCGGUAA